CCCAGUCUCCCCCCUCUUUCGUCCCCGCGGCAAGAACGGCGGCUGGACCCAAAAAAAACACAAAAAAAACAGAGCACCACACCAAUUUCCACCUCCCUAUCGAUCGAAGCCGCGGAUUUUAAUCCGAGAAAUUUCCCCCAAAGUCAGAGCAUCGUCGAUCCCUCGCCUCCCGAUCUCAGUGCGCUGCUCGGCUGCCGCUCGGGCGCGCUCAAGGAACCCUAGUGAGGAUGGCGGAGGUGUCCACGGCGGCGGCGCCGGCGGCGCCCGAGGGGGUGCUGCACAGGAGGAUAGAGUUCCACCUCGCCAGGAAGCCUCAUGCGCCCGUGGCCCUAGGUGGAGGCGGGUUUCGAAUGGAAACCCUGAAUCCGGAUGCCGCGGAUGGGGCGGCAGCGGCGGCGGCGGCGGCGGCGAGGAGUGAGCUCGAGGUCAAGAGGCCGGAGAAGGCGGAGGCAGCUGCGUUGGAUCCGGAGCUCACCGUGGCCAGGAUCUACCUUGGGAGAAUUGGUGCUGGUCUGCAAAAUCUUGGGAACACUUGCUACCUCAACUCGGUUCUGCAAUGCUUGACAUACACGGAGCCGUUUGCAGCAUACCUGCAGAGUGGACGGCACAAGUCUUCAUGUCGUACUGCUGGAUUUUGUGCAUUAUGUGCUCUUCAGAACCACGUCAAGACUGCUCUACAAUCAACUGGAAAAAUAGUGACACCAUCACAAAUUGUGAAGAACUUGCGCUGCAUUUCUCGUAGUUUCCGCAAUUCGAGGCAGGAAGAUGCACAUGAGUUAAUGGUUAACUUGCUUGAAUCCAUGCAUAAAUGCUGUUUGCCUUCUGGAGUACCAAGCGAGUCUCCGAGUGCUUAUGAGAAGAGCUUAGUUCACAGAAUAUUUGGUGGCCGCCUAAGAAGUCAGGUGAAAUGCACAAGGUGUUCUCAUUGUUCCAACAAAUUUGAUCCUUUCUUGGAUCUCAGUCUUGAUAUUGCCAAGGCCUCAAAUUUGGUGAGAGCACUUCAAAAUUUCACUGAGGAUGAACUACUCGAUGGGGGUCAAAAGCAGUAUCAAUGUGAGCGCUGCAGGCAGAAAGUUGUAGCAAAGAAAAGGUUUACAAUUGAUAGAGCUCCAAAUGUUUUGACAAUUCAUCUGAAGCGCUUUAGCCCUUUCAAUCCUCGUGACAAGAUUGACAAAAAAGUGGAUUUUCAACCGGUUCUAGACUUGAAACCAUUUGUUAGUGAUUCUAAAGUAUCAGAUUACAAAUACAGCCUUUAUGGUGUUUUGGUUCAUGCUGGUUGGAAUACUCAAUGUGGUCAUUAUUAUUGCUUUGUUCGGACUUCUAGUGGGAUGUGGCACAAUCUUGACGAUAAUCAGGUACGCCAAGUUCGUGAGGCAGACGUAUUGAAACAGAAAGCCUAUAUGUUAUUUUAUGUACGCGACAGAGUUGUUGACACGGUGGCGCGUAAAGACCCUCCUAAUGUGCCUGUAAAGAAAAUGAACCCUGGGAAGAUCUCAUGUCUUAAUGGUGGAAUCCAAAGUGGUGCAAUAGAAGCAAAAUUGAGUGGUCUGUCAUCUCCUUCUGUAGAUAAGAAGCUGCAGAGCAUAAGCAUUGGCCACUCUGGUGUUGGCAGUAUGACUUCAGUAGACCGUUGUUCAAAUAAUGAUGGCAAAACUGAAAAUCCUGCAGCCUCUCAAAACACUAUGCUAUCUACAGCACAGAAAGGUCCUUUAUCCCAAAAUGAUGAUGCUACUUUGUCAACUAAAUCAAAGCAAGUUGCUUUGAGUGAUCAUAAAGAGACAUCUUCACCAUGUCAAUCUGCAUCUCUUAUCUCAGCGAGCGGCAAUCAAACAAUGGCUAAGAUGUCAUUGCAGGAACCAAUGACUGGUGGUGCAUUUACCAAGCUCGGAAACAAUACUUCUGUUGCCUCACCUAUCGUGAGUAGUCCUCCUGGACUGUUUGGGGCAGAAAAACAAACUUUUUGCUCUCAACCAACUAUAUAUGCCAAGCAAACUUUCAACGUGAAUAAUACAGACACUGGAUUUACUGCACAAAAUCUCCCAACUAAGGAUGGUAUUGUAUCAAAUGGGGUCAUCCCUAGCAUUAGCAGUGGGGGUCCAACUUGCAGUGAGAAAGUGAAUGACUUGACAGAAUCUCUGAAACGAGAUGACAGUGCAGUGAAGGAACUUUCUAUGAGCAAGAAGGAGAACACCAUAGUACCAGGACUUGAACAAGUCGAUGUUGAAAAACAAGCUGAUUCAUGUAAUGGAAGAAUGGCUAGAAGGGUGGACACAAAGCCAACUAAACUUGUGAGAUAUCCAGUAGUGAACUUCUGGCUUGGACCAAGAUCACUGUUACUAGGUUCACUUAAGCUACAAAAGAAAAAGAAGCACAAGAGAACCAAAAGACGCCAUGCAGUUUAUAAGGACGUGGAAAUUGCUGACUGUUCUGGUGCUAACACCAAUGAGCAGCAGGCAUCAACAUCAGCAACUGUGUCAUCUGAAACUGCACAAUGUACACCUCGUAAGCGGAAACAUUCCUAUGCUAGUGUAAGUUCUGAAAAUGAUACCGAAGCAUUGAAAAAGAGGCAGCAAGUUGUUGGAGCUAGUGAUGCUGGUGAUCACAACAUAGAUAUCAGAAAAAGAAAUAGUGCAAGUUCUGGCGGCGCCGAGCCUCCAAAGAUGGGUUCGAGCUCUUAUGCAAAUCAAGCACAUCCAAGAAACAAUAUAGAUGCAAGCACGGGAGCCACCUCCCAACAUGUUGCUAUUCAUUUAAAGGACUUGAGCGGAGAAGUUACUGUUCCAUGCUGGGAUGAUGUUGGUGUGCGGAACACUGAGACUGGCGAGUGCAAAAGUUCAGGGAGGAGGAGCAUUGGAUAUGUGUUAGAUGAAUGGGAUGAGGAGUAUGACCGCGGAAAGACAAAGAAGGUCAGAAAAGCGAAGGAAGACAACUAUGAUGGGAUGAACCCCUUCCAGGAGGAGGCCAACUCUGUAUCUGAUCGAAAGACGAGACGAAAAGCGUUCCAAGCCAGACUUCUGAACAAGCCUGCCAGAUCACAUCACUAGAUGACUUGAAGAUAUGAGAACCCAAGAAGGCGUAGAAAAGAAAAAAUGAUGUUGUAUGACCCAUUUUUCAGUAGAUCAUUCCUUGUCUCUUAUUCACCUUGUUGUUUGUCAUCUAUCUGAAGAUAAAAACUCUCCAUCAGAACCUGUAUCUUGUAACAGAUUUUGUAUCGUGAUAGAAACCUGGAUCCUGUUGUCAUUUUUUGGGAACAAUUUCUGUCCCUGUUUCUCUAGCAAUACUAUGAUGAAUAAUGAUAUAUAUACAAUGGCAUUUUUGAUCUGGUAAAAA